AUGGCCAAUUUUGGAGAGAGUCUAGUGGGCAUUUCUUCUGAGUGGUACAUGGAUCAGGAUAUAUCUCGUUGGUAUAUUUGGGAUGAUCUGGCUCGGGAUUUUGUCCGGCAAUUUCAGUAUAACGUAGACAUAGCUCCUGACAGGAAUUCUCUGUCGAACCUCAAGAAGAAGUCCUCAGAAAGUUUCCGGGAAUACGCUGUUAAAUGGCACGAACAAGCGGCCAGGGUCAAGCCCCCGAUGGAUGAAACAGAAAUGAAUAUGAUGUCGGUAAUGGGGAAAGCGUUCGCUGAGGCCAUCAAGAUUGGUGAGAUGGUAGAGAACGGUCUAAAAACGGGGUGCAUAUUGAGUCAAUUCGCCAUAAGAGCUACGUCCCAAGCAAUUCAAAGUAGGUCUGGAGGAGUAGCGAACAGAAAGAAAAAGGAAGAAGUGGCAAUGGCGACUUCAGGUCCGAGAAACCCUCGUCCACCCAGACCUUACUUCCCUGCAAGAACCCCACAACAUUAUUAUCCUCAUCAGGAUGUGGCCUAUGCUAUGGCCCCCCAGUCAUACGCAAUAAUGAACGCCCAGCCAUACGCUAGGCCACAACAACAGUUCAACCAAAACCGAUCUCCAUUUCCUAGAUAUCAACCUCCUCGCCAAGUCCAGCAGAACCCAGAGUCGCCUUCUUACCAACCCGGUACUCGAUGUGCCUAUCAUUCUGGGGCAGAAAGACAUGACACUAAAGAUUGUUGGACUCUGAAAAGGGCUGUUGAAAACCUCAUAGAGCAAAAACGGAUAGUGCUGAAGGAUGAGGAAGUUUCUAAUGUGACUAACAACCCAUUACCGGCUCACAACAACGGGCCGGUCUUUGGAAUGAUUUGCGAAGAUAAGGAGUUUGAUCCUGCUUUGAAAGCCAUCAUUCCAAUCACUGACGUUGAGAAGAAACCGAAGGCUGCUGCAAAGCAAGAUAAGGGGAAGAAGAAGAAUGAACCCACCCCUCAAAGUGCAGAAAAGGAAGUAGAAACCAAGACUGGGGCAGUACCCUCAAAAGAUGCCAUUCUUUAUGUUCCCCGGUGUCACAGGAAAGAACAAAUAACAUUGAGCCCUCCUAAGAGGUUCGAGCACAACAAGGGACCCAAGAUGUAUGUACCAAAAGGAACUUAUGUAGCACGGGGACCAGUGAUUCCACCCAAGUUGAGCGAGCCCGUGAUCAUUAGCCGUGCACCGCAAAGGCCUAUGAAAGACCCCACCGCAGUCCCUUGGAGCUACAACAGAACAAUUGUGACCUACAAAGGGAAAGAAAUCGCAGGGGAAGUAAAUGAAACCAACCCAUCCGGGAGGUACCUCAAUCUGGAAGAGGUGAACAAUGCCAAGCAGAAGCGCUUCCCACUAAAGAAGCAUGUUAGUGCUGAGGAGACCGAAGAAUUUUUUCGUAAAAUGAAAACUGCAGACUAUGAGGUUAUAGACCAACUCCGAAAAUCUCCCACAGGUCUCACUCCUGGCUCUAUUGGUGAGCUCAAUCGAGCAUCAGAAGGUGUUGAUAAAAACCCUCAAUGA